AUGCACGAUCUGGGAAGAAAGCUGCUGAGAUACGUCUCUAGAGGAUUAGGCCUGGAAUCCAACCGGAUCGAGCAAUCCCUAGAGGAACUCCAUCACUCGAUGCUGAUGAAUCGUUAUCUUCCAUGCCCACAGCCCGAGCUCGUGCUAGCGCUGCGCUCACAUACAGACCUAGAUGUCAUUCCCCUAUUGGUCAACAAUGGAGUGCCUGGAUUGCAAGUGCUCAAGGACGGCGCAUGGAUCACCGUCCAUUCUUUACCCGGCGCAAUCGUUGUUACCAUGGGAGACCAACUCGAGGUAAAAUGUACAUCUUGGGUUCUUACUUCUUACGUAUUUCCACCCCAGAUUAUGAGCAAUGGUAAAUACAAGAGCCCUGAGCAUCGCACGUUGGCCAAUUCUGAUUCCACCAGAUAUUCCAUCGCGAGCUUCUUCGAGCCACCGCCGGCUGGACUGUUGAUCGCGCCCGUCCCCGAGCUUGUCAAUGCCCAGGAUGAGUCGCAUUUUCAAGCCGUGUGCUACCGGGAUUACCUCGCCAUCUUUUUUGCCAAGCAGGCGAGUGAGCUGCUCAGGUUCAGAAGGGGCGAAGCUGUCAUGAAAGCAUUGCUAAACGCGAGGCCUGCAAAUGCUUCCAUGGCGAAAGAACUAUUUCACCCAUCAGGGUGGACGAUGACAGCUUUCGGUGAUACGUGGAAUGAAUUUGAAGCGUUCCAGCACACGAAGCUCAACAGUGUGGGUUCAUGGACGGAUUUACACUGCUGGAACUAG